AUGCAUUCUUAUAAAAUCUACCUAGGCAACGAAGACUAUAAUGAAGACGACUGUCGCUUAGCCGUUCGCGGUCAACUCAUUCCUAAAGCUCUCGGCGAAGAUACUACUCAACUGUGCGUUGUCCGUGGCAUCCGCUACCAUGCUGGCUAUGCAACUGAGCUUCGUGGGUUGCUGCCCAUUUUUACUCGGGCUCUAAAUGCGCGCGACAUUAUGAGCAACAAAGUCCCUGAUAUGAGUGGUCCUGAUGAAUUUCCGUACUGUAUCUGGCACCCCGAAACCGCAUCUGAAGCAACGUACCGCGCUCUGGCCCUUCGAUACCCCCAGAUGAAGUACCAGAUCGGGAGAGCCUGCGCCGUGGCUGGAUAUGCCGGCCUUUUCAGCGAGCUUGGCCUCCUUCCCGAGUGCCAUAUUGCUGAAGAAGCGCGUGAAAGCCAGCAAUGGGAAAUCUACAAUGUUAUCAUGAAAGCUGACAUUCGUUAUAACGCCAUGGAUGAUUACACACGGACUGUCUUCAAUCAGCCAUCCAAGGGCUACCUGAAUGGCGAUACUGCUGUGCAGUCAUACCUGGACAUCAAGACCGAGUUUGAAGCUCCGCCCGACUGGGAUGAUUUUCCUCUCGUCGGUAAUCGGAGACAAGGUUUCUUUGAUAUCACUGAAGACGAUCGCAUCGAUGAGUUCACCUCCGAACCACCACCUACCGAAGACGAUGUGAGCCAUUUUCUCUAUACGCCACUUCCAGUCGACUUGCCCACGAUGAAUAAAGAUGUCUUGAUUCUCAUGGCUGCGUAUUACGGCGAUGUUGACCGGUACUCGCGCCUGCGUCGACCUCGCCCAGUCAUGAGCGAGCCGGAUUGCGUCGUGCGAGGAAUCUACCACAACACCAUGUUCGCCAAAUGGUGGUCCCUUCAGAAACCCUCCUUUAUGUCCUCAUCGGUGCAGAAAGCAAUCAACGCCCGCUUUAUUAUGAACAACGAUCUCUCGCGGAUUACCCCAGAAACAAAACACCUCGCAUACUGUAUUUGGUAUCCAUCCGUUCCACAUCCUUCAACUUGCAAGGAGCUCUUCCGGCGUCUGCCGUCUAUGAAGCCUGCAAUCGCAAGGGCUUGUAUUCUGGCUGACUACCCCGAAACCUGGGACUUCCUAGACGUGGACCCAGAUGAAAACCUGAUGAUGGAUGCACGGCAGAGCCACAACCCCAAGUACCUCCGCGAUCUCGAGUCUAAACUUCCGGAGCGUGGAUGCCCCCAAUAUCCACAAGCGUACACACGAUCAGAGUCCCGUGUCAUUCCUCGUCAUCACAUGUGUGAGUAUACAUCAAUCGGGAUGAUAGAACCAAACGUCGCCAACAACCCAUGUGCCGACACUGAAUCUGGUGUCCCGUACAACGGGAUGCGCGCAAGCAUGGCUUACACCGAGCUCACCGUUGCUCUUCCUGAUGAGCUGCGGCAGCUCGCUAAAGAGCUUUGGGACAGGGAUUACGCCGCAAUUCAAUUUGAUGACAAGUAUUAUGCAUCUUUGGCAAGCAAGGGUGAAAGAUAG